UUCUCUUUUCUACAUUUUGUCUCCUUCCUCGAUCUGCAACCAGUAACACUGCUCUCUUCUCUUCCCUCUCUUUCCUUCCCAUUUUGCUGCAUUGCUACGUUCAUUACUCAACAUGAACGGGUCCCUUUAGUUCGGUUUUAGAAGAACAAAUUGAGGACAAGGGGCAGUUUGAAGAUUCCCUAGAAUCUAGAUUUGGGUUCCUUUUUGGAGAGUAUGUGUUAAAUAUAACUCUAAAUUGAGCUGAAUUCUGGAUAAAUGACACGGGGGAGGAUAAGGGCUAGGCUCCGUAGGAGCCAUCUUUACACAUUUGGUUGCCUUCGGCCUUCUACCACUGAGGAAGCACCACAUCCACUUCAAGGUCCGGGAUUCUCACGAACUGUGCAUUGCAACCAGCCUCUGUUACAUGAAAAGAGACCUCUAUAUUACUGCAAGAAUGAUAUAUCCACAACCAAAUACAAUGUUAUUACCUUUUUCCCCAAGGCACUAUUUGAACAAUUUCGUAGGGUUGCUAAUAUAUACUUCCUUUUGGCUGCGUGUCUCUCAGCCUCUCCAAUUUCACCUUUCAGCCCAGCGAGCAUGAUUGCUCCUUUGGCAUUUGUUGUUGGCCUUAGUAUGGCAAAGGAAGCAUUGGAAGAUUCACGCAGGUUCCUUCAGGAUGUCAAGGUUAAUCACCGGAAGGUUAAUCGCCAUAAAGGCGAUGGUGCUUUUGGUCCCAGGUCGUGGCAGAACAUUAUGGUUGGAGAUGUGGUAAAAGUAGAAAAAGAUAAUUUUUUUCCAGCUGAUUUGCUUCUCUUGUCAACAAGUUAUGAGGAUGGCAUAUGCUAUGUGGAAACGAUGAAUUUAGAUGGUGAGACCAACUUGAAGGUGAAAAGAUCUUUGGAGGUUACGUUGACUCUAGAUAAUGAUGAAGUGUUUAAAGAUUUCUCUGGAACAAUACGUUGUGAAGACCCAAACCCCAAUCUUUAUACUUUUGUUGGAAACUUGGAGUAUGAACGCCAGGUUUAUCCUCUUGAUCCAAGUCAAAUUCUUCUUCGAGAUUCUAAGCUCAGGAACACUGAGUACAUUUAUGGGGUGGUCAUUUUCACUGGUCAUGACAGCAAAGUCAUGCAGAAUUCCACAAAAUCCCCUUCAAAAAGGAGCAGAAUAGAAAAGAAGAUGGAUUAUAUCAUAUACACCCUCUUCACUGUCCUUAUUUUGAUAUCUGUUAUUAGUUCCAUUGGAUUUAUCGUCAAGGCUAAGUACCAAACCACAAAAUGGUGGUACUUACGGCCUGACAAUAUUGAAUCCCAGUACGAUCCCCAGAAAAUUGGACUGGCUGGAAUGAGUCAUCUGAUUACUGCGCUCAUUCUUUAUGGAUAUUUGAUACCCAUCUCACUUUAUGUUUCCAUUGAGGUUGUAAAGGUUUUACAGGCAACCUUUAUUAAUCAAGACAUCCAAAUGUAUGAUGACGAAACUGGGACUCCCGCUGAAGCACGGACAUCAAAUUUGAAUGAAGAGUUGGGUCAGGUUGACACUAUCCUCUCAGAUAAAACUGGCACUUUGACCUGUAAUCAGAUGGACUUUUUGAAGUGCUCCAUUGCUGGUUCUGCCUAUGGUGUGCGUUCCAGUGAAGUUGAACUUGCUGCAGCAAAGCAGAUAGCUUCUGAUCUUGAGGACCAGGAUUCAGAUCUCUCCAAUUUUCCCAUGCCCAAGGCCAACACACAAGUUUCAUGGGAAAAUGUUAAAAGAGCUGAAGAAAUUGAACUGGAGACUGUUGUUACUUCUAACGGCGAUGAGGAUCAAAGGCGUGCCAUAAAGGGAUUUGGUUUUGAAGAUGACCGUCUCAUGAAUUGUAAUUGGUUGAAAGAGCCCAAUGCUGAUGACCUUUUGUUGUUUUUCCGAAUAUUAGCAGUUUGCCAUACGGCCAUUCCUGAGCUGAAUGAGGAGACUGGAGUUUAUACAUAUGAAGCUGAGUCACCUGAUGAAGGGGCUUUUCUUGUAGCAGCUAGAGAAUUUGGCUUUGAGUUUUGUAGAAGGACACAGUCAAGUAUUUUCAUACGUGAAAGAUUUUCUGCUUCUCGGGAAGUGGUUGAAAGAGAGUACAAACUUUUGAAUCUGCUUGAUUUUACGAGUAAAAGAAAGCGGAUGACAGUGAUUGUGCGUGAUGAGGAGGGCACACUUUUUCUUUUUUGCAAAGGGGCUGACAGUAUCAUAUUUGAUCGCAUGUCAAAGAAUGGAAAAAAGUAUUUGGAGGCUACUACCAAACAUUUGAAUGAAUAUGGAGAAGCUGGUUUGCGAACACUAGCCCUAGCUUAUAGAAAACUUGAUGAGCAAGAGUACUCCGCUUGGAACAAUGAAUUUCUGAAAGCCAAAGCAGCUGUUGGGGCUGACAGAGAGGCAAUGCUUGAGAGGGUAUCAGAUAUGAUGGAAAAAGAGUUGAUUCUUGUUGGGGCUACUGCUGUGGAAGACAAACUGCAGAAAGGGGUGCCCCAAUGUAUUGAUAAACUUGCUCAAGCUGGUCUCAAGAUCUGGGUGUUGACAGGGGAUAAGAUGGAAACCGCAAUCAACAUUGGAUUUGCUUGCAGUUUACUUCGACAGGGCAUGAAGCAGAUCUGUAUAACUACUCCGGUUUCAGACUCAGUAACCAAUGAUGUCAAACAGUUCUUUAAUUUAACACCCCAGGCCAUCAAGGACAACAUUUUGAAUCAAAUCACCAAUGCUUCACAAAUGAUAAAGCUGGAGAAGGAUCCUCAUGCUGCAUUUGCUUUAAUUAUUGAUGGAAAAACUCUGACUUAUGCUUUGGAAGAUGAUAUGAAGCACCAAUUUUUGGCAUUGGCUGUUGAUUGUGCAUCUGUCAUAUGCUGUCGUGUGUCUCCCAAGCAAAAGGCAUUGGUAACAAGGUUAGUGAAACAAGGUACUGGGAAGACCACUCUAGCAAUAGGUGAUGGUGCAAAUGAUGUUGGCAUGAUUCAAGAAGCAGAUAUUGGUAUUGGAAUCAGUGGGGUUGAAGGUAUGCAGGCGGUGAUGGCUAGUGACUUUGCUAUUGCCCAAUUUCGAUUUUUAGAGAGACUUCUGGUAGUCCAUGGACAUUGGUGUUACAAGAGAAUUGCACUAAUGAUCUGUUAUUUCUUCUACAAGAAUAUUGCAUUUGGCCUCACCAUCUUCUAUUUUGAGGCCUUCACAGGCUUCUCUGGUCAAUCGGUUUAUGAUGACUGGUAUAUGAUAUUGUUCAAUGUUGUUCUGACAUCAUUACCUGUCAUUUCACUUGGUGUUUUUGAACAAGAUGUUCCAUCAGAAGUUUGUUUACAGUUUCCUGCACUGUAUCAACAAGGACCCAAGAAUUUGUUCUUUGACUGGUAUAGAAUACUGGGAUGGAUGGGGAAUGGUCUCUAUGCCUCCCUCGUCAUCUUCUUCCUUGUUGUCACCAUUUUCUAUGAUCAAGCAUUCCGUGUUGAUGGCCAGACGGCUGACAUGGCUGCUGUCGGGACCACUAUGUUCACUUGCAUUAUCUGGGCCGUCAACUGCCAGAUUGCGCUGACAAUGAGCCACUUUACAUGGAUUCAGCAUGUGUUUGUAUGGGGCAGCAUAGUCACUUGGUACAUCUUUCUCUUCUUGUAUGGAAUGAUUUCUCCGGAAUAUUCCAACAGUGCCUACCAAAUUCUAGUUGAAGCUCUUGCUCCUGCACCUAUUUAUUGGACAGUAACCCUUUUAGUUGCAGUUACUUGCAAUCUUCCUUAUUUUGCCCACAUAUCCUUCCAAAGAUGUUUCCAUCCCAUGGAUCAUCACAUUAUCCAAGAAAUCAAGUACUACAAGAAGGAUAUUGAAGAUCAACACAUGUGGACAAGAGAGCGUUCUAAAGCCAGACAGGAAACCAAGAUUGGUAUCACAGCAAGAGUGGAAGCAAAGAUCAGGCAAUUGAAGGGAAGGCUGCAAAAAAAGCAAUCUAUGUUGCCUAUGUUGUCCCCAUCUUGACACUAUACAUAAUUUAACAGUUUUGGGUAUAUUUAGGGUUCCUUAUAUUGUUUGAUUAAACGGGCAAAUUCAAGUCCCACAAAAGAAUGGAAGCUGUUGUAUGUAACAUAUUUACGUAGAAGGGUGCGUGCGGUGUGUAAUUCUCUUCCACAUGAUUAUUAUUCAAUUGACAUUGAAGAAAUGAAAAAUUACUGUUUUUUU